GAAACCAAUAUUCGUUGUCCAGGCCGGGCCUCGGUCCAGACCGCUAGGCGUGACCGGCUGAAUUAAUUUGGUUGUAAACAGCACCGUCCGGCAUUUGGUGUGAGCUGGUUGUUCGACUUGUGUGAGUGCCAAAAUGAAGUGGAUGCUGGUGCUAGUCCUGUGCCAUUUGGUUCUUGUAAUACAUGCUGAAGAUGAGGAGAAACAUGAAGGAAGAAUAAUAGACAAGAAACUGAGUGAUGCUGAUCACUUUGAGGGUGAUGAACAUAAUACGGACUACGACCAUGAUGCCUUCCUUGGCGACGAGGCCGAGGAAUUCAACGACCUGACCCCCGAAGAAAGCAAGGAAAGAUUAUCGCUGAUUGUGGACAAGAUUGAUGUGGACGGAGAUGGCAUGGUUUCGGAAGAAGAGCUGAUUGGUUGGAUAAAACAAGCACAAAAUAGGUACAUGGAGACAGAAGUAGAAAGACAAUGGGAGGCGCACGCACCGGCGUCGAAGCAGGACAAGGAACAUAUCACGUGGGACGACUACCAGCAGUCGACGUACGGGUUCACGGGCGAGGCCCAGGAGAACGAGGAGGGCGACGCGGCCGCGUACCAGCGCAUGAUCGGGCGCGACCAGCGCCGUUGGAACGCCGCAGACGUGGACAAGGACGGCAAGCUGUCGCGGCUGGAGUUCAGCACCUUCCUGCACCCAGAGGAGGUGGAACACAUGCGCGACAUCGUUGUUUUGGAGACCAUCGAGGACAUCGACAAGAACAACGACGGCAAAAUUACCGUCGAUGAGUAUAUUGGCGACAUGUUUGACGAGGCUGACGGAGCCGAACCUGACUGGGUGCAGCACGAGCGCGAGCAGUUCAAGACGACGCGCGACACGGACGGCAACGGAUACCUGGAUGCCGACGAGGUGCGAGCCUGGAUCAUGCCCUCCGACUACGACCACUCGCUGGCCGAGACACAGCACCUGGUCCACGAGGCGGACGCCGACGGCGACGGCAUGCUCAGCCGCCAGGAGAUCCUCGACAAGUACGACCUAUUCGUCGGCUCGCAGGCCACAGACUUCGGCAACGCGCUCUAUAGUCACGACGAACUUUAGCGGCGGCCGGCCGCGCUUGCUCGCUUGUUUUCGUGGGGGGGGGGGGGGGGGCGCCACCAGCGCCGCGCCAGAUCUGGGCCGAGGUGACUGCGGCGCUCGCGCUCGCGUUCGGUACGGACUCGCCGCGGGGCGGCCGGCGCCCCUUGCUGGCAGUGGUAGUCCAUAUAGGAAAGAAAGAUUCUCACGCCUGUUCCUGCUUGUGUGGAGGGGGCGCACGUCGCACGUGGGUGCCGCGCUGCCAGGAAAUUCACCUGGCGCUAUGGCUGAACUUUUUGAAUACAGUCAGAAACGUUAUGCUUAUUAAGUUAUGGGAAUGUUUGUCACGUCUGUGCCAAAUCUGCUGUUUAUACCUUUGACAAAUAAAGUUUUAACGAC